AUGGGAGGUAACGCCUUCCUCACCCACUCCCCUCCCCUCCGUACCCCCCGCAUGCCCUUCGCCAUCUACCGCCUCAUCCUCGAGAACGCCCUCGCCAUCCUCCGUCAAAACUUCACCCGCGUAGCCGCGCCCCUCGAAGCCCCCUCAAAGCCCGACUACGGCGACGUCGACAUCCUGGUCUCCUCUCCUCUCUCACCAGCUCGCAACCCGUCGGUGAAGCCAAAGGCCGAGGUCGCGGAGCUGAUUGCGCGGGAUCUGGGGGCCAGGGCCUGGAUUCCCGGUCAGAGGAGUCAGGAGAUGAAUUUUGCGGUGCCGUGGCCGAGGUCAGACGAUGGCGAGGAAGGCGAGGAUGCGGCAGGCGGUGGGGAGGAGAGGUAUGUUCAGCUUGAUCUUCAUGUUUUGGAGAGUGAGAAGGAGUUCAAGUGGCAUCUCUUCCGCGCUGCUCAUGGGGAUCUGUGGAAUAUCCUCGGCAGCACUAUUCGUAGGUUUGGGUUGACUGUUAAUGACAAGGGUAUGUUUCUGCGGAUUCCGUCUAUUGAGGCCUUUGAUCGGAAGAAGGCCCUCGUCUACUUGACGGAUGACUCGGAUGCUAUUCUAGAUUUCUUGGGACUAGAGAGUGCGAGGUGGUGGAAGCAGUUUGGGAGUAUCGAAGAGAUGUUUGAGUACGCAGCCGGCUGCCGCCUCUUCCGGGUCAAACCUGAGAAGGAAGAGGGUGAGUUGGAGGGUGAUGUGAUGCUUGAUGAAGGUAGACAGGAGGGAGGGGAAGCUGGCAAGAAGAAACUCAAGCACAAUGACCGCCAGCGCAUGUCCAAACGUCCUAUUUUUGCAAUGUGGAUGGAAGAGUUCAUCCCAAAAUGCCGAGCGGAAGGUCGUUUCCUCGAGAUGAAGACGACCCGCGAGCAGAUCCAACAGGAAGCUCUCCAGACCUUCGGCGGCAGAGAGGAAUUUGAAAAGAGAGAAAGGGAGUGGAAGCUAGAGAAGCACAAAGACCAGAUGUGGAGGACCGUCAUCAAAGGGACAGUACCUCAAGACCUGGACCCCGUCGUUCGAGGUGCUACAUGCCGAUACUUCAAGGGCAUCUUGAUGGACGGAGAUAUCCUCUGGCACGGCGAGGUACCGAAGGCAGCCGAGCGCAACGAAGACGGGUUCUGGGACUUGGGGGCUGUGCAGGCGUUCGUGGAGAGCAACAUCGAGGAAGCGCAACGGCUGGGCAUGGAGUGGCAGCAGGCAAGGGCGAUGGCGAGUAUGAGGGCCAAGGCGGAGAAGAAGGCGAUAGCGAUGGCGGAGGCCAACCACGAAAGGCCGCCUGAGGACGCGAUGGUACCGAUAUGA